GUCUUCGUAUUGGUUUCAUGACAGAGGUUAAUGAAAGAAAAAAUGAAGUACCAAUGGACCGAGGCUAUGAUCCAAAUCGCUUCAUUUUACAAGUUAAACGAGAUUUGCUAUGCUUUAUUUGCCACCGUGUAUUGAAAGAGCCAAGAAUAUGCGAGGCAGGAGAACAUCACUUUUGUUUCAACUGUAUAAAACAACACCUUGCUAAAGAGUCUCAAACAUGCUCGGAAUGUCAGAAACCCCUCACAUUGGAAACCUUGCAGCUUCCUCAAAGGUUUUUAACAAACAUCUGGUCAGAACUAAGAAUAAAGUGCGAUUACAACGAUCGAGGGUGUCCCGAAAAUGUUAAGCUUCGAGAUCUUGAAGAUCACGUGAUUGGUUGUGAAUACCGCCCAACAAUGGUUGCCGAAAAGUAUAGCUCGCAAGUGAGUGGCAAAGACCAGCAGAGUUUCCGUCAGAUAAAAGAUGAAGAAUUUUCUAAGGGAGAGGAAACUGAGAGGAAACUAGAGGAAAUUUUUGAUACUCUGGAUCAAGCCGGAAGUCAAAAUCUUCAAACUGUGAAGAUGUCGAGACUUUUCGCUGAAAAGGGAGACAAGGUGAUAGAAAAACAUGAUGAUAUGUAUGAGGAAUUAAAAAGAAUGAAGGAACGUUUUGAUGAAAUGAAACAAAGCCAGAAAGCGGUAAAAGAAGAAGUAAUGGAAAUAAAGGAUGAUUUUCAGGUGAUUAAACAAAAGUUUGAAAGAGUUGAAGGAUUAUUUGUCAAACUAUUCCAAGAAAAUAUUGUCGACAGAAAUGGUGCACAAGCUACGGAUCCCACAAUUUCAACUAACAACCAAGACGUUAUUAUUCUUGGUGGUUGGUAUUCUGUUGCGUACGCACCCCCUUUGAAUACUGAUGAGAAAUAUAAUAUUGUUGAGAAGAGGUCGACAAUGCUGCCGCAAUUGAAUCAUCGUCGAGGAGCAUCAGCAUCGUGUGUUCACAACAAUGACAUCCUGGUCGUUGGUGGUUUCGAUGGUGAAGGUGGAACUGUAACGAUUGAAGUUUUGAAGAUGAACCAACAUCCUUUGCGAUGGACAAUGUUUGAUGGUAAACUGCCUGUCAAAUUAUCUGAUCAUGACGUCAUAGUUUAUCAAGGAAAAUUAUAUGUAAUAGGAGGAUAUGACGGGAAUGAUACAAAAACAUCGAAUGCCAUUUAUGAGAUUUCUCUUGCUCCACCUUAUACUGCAAAGUUGCUGGCGAGAAUGACUGGGCCAAGAGAUGCUCACAGAGCAGAACUGCUUAAUGGAAAACUAUUUAUCUUGGGCGGAACAACCACCGGCUAUAGUAAAGAUGCUCUUGACGGUGUUGUUGUUUAUGAUUUGGUUAAGAAUGAGUUCAAACCAUGUCCAUCGUUGCCUCGGCCUGUUUUUGAUAUGUCCACAGUCACUUGGGGUGAUAAGAUUAUCAUUCUUGGCGGUAUGGAUACGAAUAGUCAGGCAUUAAAUGACGUCAUCAUGUAUGACACUGACACGGGGCGAAGUGAAAGACUGCCCUUCAUGAUUUGCCAAAGGGCUGGGUGCUCAGCUGUCAUACUGAAUGACGUCAUUGUCGUGUUUGGUGGAUGGAAUGAGGAGCAGGGAUUUCUCAACUCAGUGGAAACCUUCACCAUUGGUGGAGAUAGCUGGAAAGAACUGCCAGGAAUGAUAGAAAAAAGAUGUUGGGCAAAUGCUGUGGUGAAACCUCACAUCUGA